CCACCACGACUCAAGCCACCCGGAGGAGAUGUCCCACCAUUUAUCUCGUAAAGAAAAACAAAAAUGUGUUGUUUCGCCACUAAAAAACUCUUAAAAAUUUGAAAUGGCACCGACGUGGUUCGACAGGCAAUUGCAUCCAAAUACCCACGAGGAAAGCAAGAAAAUCCUCUCCAAGUUACGCACACGAAAGGUAAACACUCGCCCAGGGGACGAAUUAACCAAGUUUUUCUCGAAAUUGAACGCUGAGAACGCCCACAAAUCCUCGAAAAAUGCUCCAAAUGCGCCAGGACUUCGUCAGGACCCCCAGAUAGCCCCUAUCUAUGGCCCGAUGCCGGGAUUCCCCCCUGGUUCCUGGUGGGGCAUUCGAAUGGACCUUUCAAGAGACCAAGUCCACCGGCCCUUCGAUAAGAGCGUGGACGAGGGCUCCCCAGGAGCCUCAUCCAUCUGCACUCCUCACUCAAACCCCUGUAACGAUCUCGACCUGGGGGACUACCUCACAUUCACCACCCCCUCGCCCCCGUCAUCCGUUACCACAAGUCACCCCCUAGUCCGCAGUUGUGAGAAUCAAAUACCGGUGAGGGUAGUUCGUGGCUACAACUUGACGAACAGAUUCUCUCCCAAAACAGGUUAUCGUUACGAUGGUCUGUACGUUGUCGUCUCCUUCUGGCUGGUGGGUGACGAAUCCAAGAAGAAUUUGCGAUUCGCCCUGGUGAGACUGAACUGCCAAGGCGCACCGCCCUGGGAGUCCCCGAGGAUUUCCCACACGAAGAAAACGAGGAAUAAGACGAGGGCGACCCAGCGUUGCCACAUGGACUGCUGUAAAUCUAGAAGUCUAAUGAAGGAGAGAGGGGAAGAGACUCUGAAUAAGCCACCGUUGAAGGAGAGUACGAUUGUGAUGCGACACGUCUCACGGAAGAGCGAGUGCGCGCCUGGUAUAGAAUCCCCGAAGCUCAAUAGCACCUCGGAGGCUCCUUGCAAGCUCCAGAACACCAACAUAUCCAUCCGCACUGACCUGUACGACUCUUCACCGAAUCCCCACGACGUGAAGAAGACCCCGAUGACCUUCUGCAGGAUUUACAAGUCGACAAAGUCAGUCAAGGGUUUGUCGACGGGCGCAGGGGUGUUGAAUCUCAAUACCUUCGGGCCAGGUGCUAAGGACAGGGUUCAGGAGUCGCAAAUACAGAUGCGCUCGGGGUUGGGCAAGCACUCCCCAGUGCUCAGCACAUCGUCCACGGGUGAAGGAUCCCACGAGAUAUUGGGGACAGAGUCCAGGGAGAAGAUCGAAGGGGCUACGACACAGGAAAAGGUGAGUGAGUGUCGAGAAACGUCCGAAGAGCUGUUGUCCAAGAAAACUAAGGAGGUGCCUGAAGAGUUGGAGUCGAUGAUGGGAUCGAUUCUUCUGGUGCCGAAAGCGACUGAAAAUACUGCUGCAACGGGAGCUGAAGAUCUGGAGGCAAAGCCGAAACGCAAGACCCACAGGACUCUGUACUCGCUGAGAUCGACAUCAAGAGGUAAAGAGCAGACGGAUGUCAAGGCUAGCCUGAAAAGGUCUGUCCUGCCGAAGGCAAAGGUAGAAAUUCGGAAGGAGACUGGUCACAAGGGCAAGAGUACAAAAGCCUCCGUACAGGGGUUCUCGAAGGCUUCCAAGAAGAGACAGAGUGAGCUUGCAAAGCUGGUGAUCGACGCGAAAUUCGUGGCGAAAUCCAGGGGCCCGAGGACGAGGAGGUUCCCGUACGUAAUGCGAGGCUUCAGCAAGAGGCGGGAUAAUCUGAGGCACCUGAGAGGAAGGCCCAAACCGGACAUCUCCAAGAAGACGAAGUUGAUCAAGAGGAGUAAUGCCAGUGAGGGGAAGCCCUCGAGGAUUCCUCAGAGCAGGAGCUUGACUGGAAAGACAGCGGAGAAGAUGGAGAAGGUCAGAGAGAUGAAGGCGUCCAGGGGACUCGAAAAAGGCGCCAGGGAGAAACUCCCCAGGGAGAAAUCCACGCAGAAGAAGGAGGGAACGAGAUUGAAGAUGGUGGACGCCGUGGUGCAGUGCAGUUUGCAGAGGGAUGCUUCAACUUCGACUUCGGUGGACUUUGAAGAACUCGCUGAGGACAGGGGUGUUCGGAACAAGUGGGGGAGUCUAGAAGAUUUCAAGUCGGAGACCUCUGAUGACGAUCUGCUAGAGAUUGUCCAUCGGAAUAUCUCGGUGCAGACGACGCAAGAGGGAGAGAUCCUCAGGCCGAACUGCGUGAGGAGGUCUUUAGAGGCUUCUGUGAGACUCGGGGGAGGCCUGUCAGCUUUUGUACCUGUGAAUAUGUCGGAUGUGGACUUCAGGGUUGCCAGGCUCAGGUCCAUCGGCUUCAAGCCUAUCCACCCCUGCGUUAUUUCAGGGUUCAAGAGCCAGGCUUUCUGCGAGUACAAGCAGGGGAGUUCGAAAGACUCUGGGACAUCUGUCGUUAGGAGAGAUGUUAAUGAGCAGUACAAGAAGUACACGACUGAGGAGAAUAAUAUUGUUGGAUACAUGGACGAUGAGCUGAGAUAUCAGGAUAUCGAGGAGGAGAACAGCCCAGCCAAAAUUUUGGGGAAGGGAAAGAGGGGCAGGAAGAGGAAGAGCGAGGAAAUCGGCGAGGGACCCUGGCAUGGCUGGAAAAAAAUUUGCACAACUAUAAUUCGGGGGUGAAUUAAGGAGAGAUUGAGAUAAAAAUAUUUAUUUGAUGCUUACAGACUCCUCUAACAGGUCUCUUUGGGGAGUUCAGGGGAAGGGGUAACAAAUCAUUCGGAUAUGGGGGAGUAACAAAAUCUCGGUGAUUUAGUUUCGUUUUUUUUGCGUUUUCAUUCCUUUUCUUUUGGCUGUUCUAGAGGGGCUUUAUAUUUUUUUGAGGAAUACGUGGGCGGGGAUCGAACACACAUCCACUUGAUUUUUCUUUAUUGGACAUUUUUUUGAUUCAGUAGCGAAAUGUGAAGAGGCGGUUCGGGUGAGAGGUACAAUGAAGGUUAUUAACAUUUUUAGGCAUAAAAAUUUCGCUUCUUGAAAUAGAAGUUACUUGUAACUAUCUUUAGAGCAGAGAGACAGCGCAAAUAAGAAUUUUUUUAAAGAACACAUUGGAUACAGUGGAAAGAGCUUCCAAAACAUUUUAGUUGUCUCCCUUUGAUGGGAUGAAGAUAUUUGCAAAAAAAUUAAUUUUUCAUUCAACUUUUAGAUGAUUUAUUCGUACAAAUGUUGGAACCAAAUAGAAGUCUUGUUGUUUUGCACAAAACAAAUUAUCAAAUAUUUCUGAACCGAGAGAAAUUCAAAUGAAUCUUUCUCAUUUCAUCAUUUCGCCAUUGAACUGAUCUUAAUUAUCAUUUGCCGCGGUAAUCUUUAUCUCCCGCGCAAAUUUAUUAAUCUGUAAAUACAAUCUAUGUUAACGAUAUAUACAUAUAUUAGUUUUUUAUUAGGACGCGAAGAUAGUCUGUUGGCUCAGAAGCUAAAUUAUUUAACGUAUCAUUUAUCCUCUCUUCAUCAAUUAUUAUCAUUCUUUCGUUUUCCUUCAGUUUUGCCUAGUGGGCUUCAUCAGCUUGUCACUGUUCAAUUGUCCCCGGAAGAUUAAAUCGCGAACGACUUAUGUGUCAACCGUUUUCCUAAGCCCGUUGAUUGAAUUUGUUUUUCUUUUUAUAUUUUAUUAUUUUGCGGUUAGCAAAUAAAAAACAAAUCUUUAUAUUUUUUGAAUUCAUUAAUGUGAAUAAAUAAUUGAUUGUAAUCAUGAAAAAAUUAUAGAUAUACUUAUUUUUAGUAGUGUGUAAGUACUUUGGUAUGUUUGUACAAGUAUUAAUGAGAGAUGAAUCAAAUAAUUGGUUAUGAGAGAUAAUAAAUUAAUGUAUUAUAUGUUGUCAUUUUUUCCCCUCAGUGAAGAUCCGCAUUUUCGCAAAUUGUGAUCGUUCGGGUUUGAGGCACAUCACAGCUGAGUUAAAGUCAAUUGGGUUGUUGUUGAUGUAUUGAAAUUGAAAAGAAUGGUGAAAUAGAUAAAUUAAUGAAAAUUAUUGAAUACAUAUUUUUUAUUUAAAAAAAAAUAGAUCGAGAAGGUCUAGCCGAGGAAAAAAAAUCUUUUCUAGUCGAGACGUGAAUACAAUGAAUAUUAUUUCAGUAGCGAAGCGAUAACUCGACAUUGAAGGCGGCUAUCAAAAUUUUUGUUACGAUCUUUUUUAUAUUCCUCAAGUUACUCCGCAAAAAAGUUAUAACAAAAAUUUCGAUAUCUCCUUCCGAUAUGGAUACAUUUCUGAAAAACUGCAUUAAGAGCUCUGCCAGCUUCAACUUUAUCGCUUCGCCGUUGACAGCUGCCCAAGAUAUCCUUCAAUAUUCGAUUUUUACGGAGCAUUACCCAGCUCUGAUGACCAUCAAUUAAUAAAAAAAAAACAGUAUGAUUAAUUUCCUAAACUAUUAUGAUACCUUGUAACGCAAUAACAUUUUUUUAAACAUCAUUUCGUCAAUGAAUAAUGUACGUAAUCCACACCAACUUCAACAUUUUUCAAUUCAACUAGUCACUAGCGCAUUUAUUCUCGAACGAGAUUCAAAUUCCCUAUUAUUUAUGGAAAAAUAAAUGCAGCGAAUAAAUGAAUCCAUUGAAGUACAGGAGAUAUUUAAUUCUUCUAAAUAAUCUCCUCGAUUUAGGUUUCAAGUUCUUACCAUUUUCAUGAUUUUCAUUAAAUUAUUUUUCAUUGUCAUGGUGGGUUCCAUCGGUGAAAUCCAGAUCUUCUAUUGAAAUUCAUCGUCACUGCUCAGCAGCAUUGUUUUUUCAUUGUAAUUUUGCGAGAUCGUGGCAACACGCUGAUGCGAGGUAUUUCGUCUUUGGGGCGGUGGUACUGGCAUAUUUUGCGGAUCAUCGGGGUCGUAGCUCGAUACUCGCAUUCCACGCUGAUUCUUAGUACCACCUGGCAGAGGUUUACGUCACGACUCAUUCAAUAUCUUUCUUUUCAAGUUUAUUUUGCUCGUUAAUUCAUUAGGGAAGUGGUAAAAUUAUCAUUUUUUUGAUCGAAAUUUUUCAUUAUCAUGGAGGAAUUGAUGUUGGAGAGAAUGUUCUGUGAUAAUGCCUCUCUAUAUUUUUCCCCGGAGUCAAUCAUUGGUGAGAUAAGCACGAAAAGGACGAAAUGUCAAAAAUUUAGCAUUUAUUUUAAUUAGUACUCUUCAAAUAUUCCAGUCCAACGUCUGAAAGAACUUCGUUCUUGCUUAAACUUUGAUAAAUUCGAUAAUAAUCACAUGUACUCCACAGUACUUUACCAUUUCCCUAGUAAAUUCCAAGGACAAUACCAUAGACAUAAUAAAUCAUGCAAAUUAUAUGGCAAUGGAUGAGUGGAGGACAUGGCAAGCUCAGGGAAUCAUGCAAAAUAUGUAAAAAAAAUUAAUAAAUCCAUCUGAAUAUGAUCAAUCCUUUAAUUAACAUCAUGAAUUCUCCAAUCGCAAUGAAUCUUCCUCGGAAUAAAUGCAUGCCAGAUACAUCGCUAGUCAGGCACGAUAAAACAGAUAUUAAAAUUAUUUAAACAGAUUCACGUAUACAUUAAAAGGCAUUUUCGUUUAAAUUUAAUUGUAAUCUCCUGUGAAAGCUCAUUCAUAUCCUAAAAUACAAUCUGGUCUAAGUACUUUCGAAUUAAAACUGCUUAAGUACUACUUUACAAUGGUCCUGUUAAUCGCGGUUAACCGUAUGUCCAUUUACGUAUAAUAACUGUAUAAAAUAAACACUGAGAAAUAAAAAAUGUCUCAUUCGAUUUAUAUGUCAGUGAGUUAAACAUGAAUUUUAUGAAAUUCAUGUUUCUGUUCCCUUAUUUAAAAUUUAAUUUCAAUAAUAGAGUGGGGCAAAAUGGAACACCAGGAAAAACGAGUAUUCAUCCAUUCAGGAAACUUUUCUUUCGGCUUUAGGUGAAGGACAAAGAGGAGCCAGAGAAAAAGUAUUGGAUUUUCAAAGCAAAAUCAUUUUCUAAUUUUUGCAAUAGUUUUUCCAACGAAAUCUUGAAUAAAGAAUAUUUUAGAGAAGAAAUCAAUACCCCUGCAGUUAAAUCACAAGUACUUAAUUAUUUUUUUAUACAAGGGAUGUCCUCUCCAUUUUAAAAAGAAAAAAUCAAUAGAUCUUUUAAGAAAAUUUGAACUUCAACCAAAAAGUCUCCUAAAUGUAGACCAUUCCUGAUAUUUAAUUAAGCCCCGAUCUCGCGUAGGAGUGUCAUUACCGAGUUUAAGAUUUCAUUAAAUCUUUUUUUACAUUAAUCACUUUAUUGAUCUAUAUUGAUUAAUUAUUUAGUUUUUUUUU